AUGGGAGGGACUAAUUCUACAAAUUACAAGGAAGGGAAUAGUGAGCCUUGCAAGUUCAAUGAAAAUUCUGCUGAUCAAGUUCAUCGUGAGGCUAUUACACCGAUGAGGAAGAGAAAUCCUGGUCCAACGGCUCGAAAGAGAACUGGGAAGAAGGAUAGGCACAGCAAGAUUUGCACGGCACAAGGAAUAAGAGACAGAAGAAUGAGACUUUCAGUCCAGGUUGCAAGAAAAUUUUUUGAUCUGCAAGACAUGUUAGGCUUUGAUAAAGCAAGCAACACCAUUGAUUGGCUAUUCGCUAAAUCGAAGAAGGCAAUCAAGGAGCUGAGCAAAAACCAUCCUGAUCAAGCAAAGAUCAGUUCCAGCAUUGAUAAUGUAAAGAGUGAGUCUUUUGUCUCUGAAUGUGAAGUAGCAUCAGGAAUAGUGGAGAAUUCAAACAAUGAAUUCAAAGGAGCUUCAACAAAAAGUGUAAGUCCAGGCAAUUCACAUGAGAAAGAUGACAGAAACUAUAUUCAAAAAGUAGUACGUAAAUCUAAACCUAACACGAGGGAGUCCCGGGACAAGGCUAGAGCAAGGGCAAGAGAGAAAACGAUGAUCAAACGCCUUGAGAAUUUGAGCCAGUGGCAAAAAUCAAUCCCUAAUGAAUUUCAAGAAUUAGGGUUUUCUACCGUCCCUUUUGAAAAUGCUGAAGAAUCAAGCUCCGGUGAUCGGAAAAGGGACUCUCCAUAUGAUGUUGAUUGGUACUUAUUUGGGAAUCAAUUAGCCGAUGAGGACACAAUUGAGAAAUUCCUAGGUGGUACAACAAGCUUAAAAUCUUGCCCUAUUUCUGAUUAUCAGAGUUAUGAUGCAGCCGUAUCAGGUUGCAUAGAUUCCAACAACAAUUUCAUGGGUUUUCUGGGAGAUUGUGAAAUGAACAAGGACAUGUUCAAUUCCAAUAACUCUGAAAUGGAAAACAUGGUAUCAUUUUCAGGUAACCCCUCUUACGUUACCUCAGAUUUUCUAUUUCAGCAAUAA